AUGGAGGGUCGAAGUCAUGGGCAUAAGCCAUUAGAGGAAGGGUUUACUCCAGGGACGGAAGAUAAAACACCACCAAUCCGAGGAAUUGGUUUGCGGGUGACGAAUAUUGAGGGUAACAACCUGUUCCCUAGGCGGGGUAUGUACUCUACUAAUCACAACUCGGUGAUUGAUGGGUUAUUCGAAAUUUCUAAACCAGUGGAGGUUAAUCUUGGUUCGGCUGGUGAAGGAAGUGUUAGAGCGGCAAUGCAUGAUUCCCAUGCAAACCCUAGUUCUACGGCGGAAAAGGGUUUCAUGGAUAAUCAGGGAAAUAAUGAUCCUAGAGGAUCGAAGUUUGAGAAGAAUAGCAAUGUUCAAGGCCAGUCCUACGCGGAAAAGCUUGCGUCAACUCAACCUACUCAGAAGGUAAACUUUCGGUUCUUGGAAAACUCUAAAGCUGUGGAGGGUGUUGAGGCAGAUGUUACUAUACCAAUUGCUUCCGUGAAGCAAGUUCAGGAUCGCUUUCAAAAUGUCCUUUUCGGGUAUUUUCUGGGGAAAAGGUUAGCCUUUCCGGUAGUUGAUUAUUUUGUGAGCCAUAGGUGGGAUAAAUAUGGGUUACAAAAAUGUAUGAUGAACGGUAAAGGAUUUUUCUUUUUCAAGUUUACUACUAAAGAGGGAAUGGAACAAGUGUUACAAGAUGGUCCUUGGCUAAUUAGAAAUAUACCGAUUUUCUUAAAACACUGGUCUCCGAAUACCGAACUUAAAAAGGAGGAACUGAAAAAGAUACCUGUUUGGGUGAAGAUGCAUGAUGUUCCUUUGGCUACAUAUACAGAGGAUGGGCUUAGCUUGAUUGCGUCAAAAGUAGGAACCCCUAAGGUGCUUGAUAAUGAAACAACUAAAAUGUGUUUGGACUCGUGGGGAAGGAGUAGUUAUGCUAGAGCUAUUGUGGAAUUAGAUGCUGAAAAGGAUUUAAAAAAUAAUGUAACGGUGGCAAUCCCGAAUGUUGAAGAUGGAGGUUUCAUUAAGAGUAUUAUUAGGGUGGAAUAUGAGUGGAAGCCCCCACGGUGUGAUUCUUGCAAUGUGUUUGGACAUGGGGCUGAAGAUUGUCCAACGUAUGUUCUUAAGAAACCGGAUAAGGAUGUUAAUGCUAAAGACAAUGGAGAGGAUCAGGGAUUUAAGAAUGGUAAUACCAGGAGAAAGGGAGCAAAAAAUCAGUUCAACGUUAAAGAUAGGCAGCGAUUUAUUUAUUGGCCAAAAAAACCAACUGAAACUAUUGAAAAACAACCCGAAAAGGUGGAUGCAGUUAAACCCAAAUCAGCCAAUCGUUCGCAAAUUCAUACUAGCAAUGCAUUUGACGCUUUGAAUGAUGUGGAUGAGGAAUGGGCCGCGGAUCCGGAGGAGGUUUUGGCUAUUUUGGAAUCGCAUGUAAAGGUUGCAAAUCUUGAUUCAGUUUGUAAAAAUGUGUUUAGAAGUUGGGAUUGGACUUCGAAUGGGAGUUUAUGUAAUAAAGGUACAAGAAUUGUGCUAGGUUGGAAUGGGGAUAAUGUGGAUGUUAUGGUGGUCCAUGCUACUGAUCAAGUUAUUCAUGCACAAGUUAUGUUUAAAAAAGAUCAAUCUAUGUCCAAUGUUUCUUUUAUUUAUGCAAGCAAUAGUGACCAAGAAAGAAAGGAGCUGUGGGAAUCGCUUAGGAUGCAUAAGGGAAUGGUUCGUUCGAACCCGUGGAUAAUCAUGGGAGACUUUAAUGUAGUGCUGAAUUUGGAAGAUAAGUGCUUCGGUUCUUCUACUCUUACGGCUGCAAUGAAAGAUUUCAAUAAUUGUGUGAAUGAUAUAGAAGUUUUUGACGCGGGAGCGCACGGUAUGCACUUUACAUGGAAUCAACGGCCUAAGCAUGGGGUUGGGCUCCGUAAGAAGUUAGACAGAAUAAUGGUAAAUGUUAGUUUUGUGGAUACUUUUGUGGACGCUUAUAGUGUGUUUCUUCCGAAUGGGAUUUCUGAUCAUUGUCCAGGUGUACUUAAAAUCCGUAUGGCUGCUCGUAACAAACCAAAACCGUUUAAGUUCCCUAAUUUUUUGACACAUAAAAAAGAGUUUAUGGAGGUGGUGAAUAGUGGGUGGGCCGAGGAUGUUAUGGGGGUUCCGAUGUUCCGUGUUGUCAAAAAGCUUAAGGGUUUAAAACACCCAUUCAGGCUGCUUCUGCGUAACCAAGGAAAUCUCCAUCAGAAAGUGAUAAAAUUGAAAGCCGAGCUGGAUAAGCUUCAGAGUGCGUUGGAUGGUGACCCGUUCAAUGUAGGAAUCAAGGAAGCCGAGGGCAUUUGUCAAAAGAAAUAUCUUGAAGCAUCGUUAGACGAAGAGAGAUUCUUGAAACAAAAAGCAAAGCAAAAAUGGUUAGAGGCUGGUGAUUCGAAUACUGCAUUUUUCCACAAUAUGGUGAAGUGUAGGAAUCAUGUUAAUAAAAUAAAUGUUAUUAAAGACACCACGGGGUAA